AUGGAUACGCCCCAGUCCGUCACCAACAUGGAAAUCAAGGAUUCUGUUAUGCCGCUCAAAGCAACUCAGCCUCGGGGCCUCAUUCAAAAUAAAAGAGACGACGACGACACUAUGCAGGUCGGUGCCAACACUAACCUUGACUGUAGUGACAAUGAUAAAGAUCUUGCCGUUACUUGUGAUGAUAUCCCGUUCGGCGAACGCUGCCAUGGCGACGAUAGCGAUAUACUUGAUAGUGUCCGGCAUGACAAGACCGAUGGUUGGAAGAAGAUUUCAGCUUGCGCUUGGGACAACGACGACCCAUGCGGACAGGCCAUUACCGGCGGGGUUGUGUUCAAUGAAAAGGACAUGGACGGCACAGAGGAUAGUCGCGGUCCGGGGAAGAAAAGACAAGAAGUUGAUAAGGACAAGAAGCCAAGGCAUAAGGAACAUCGUGCAUCUCUGUACACAUUUCAACACAAAGAUGGAACGUUCUAUCAUGUUCGCAUGGAGUCUGAGCUUGGAGAAGAGUAUCGUAAGCUUGCUACCAAAGCUGAGAAGAAGGCAUUCAUUCUCGCCAAUGGGUUUCCGAAAGGAAACCUUUAUGAAGCUAGAGCCCGUGGAAAGGUCCGACGGGAAGAGAAACGCCUCGAGGAAGAGUCAAGAGAGGAAAUCCCAGAGGUUGAUCCUGUGCGUUUAACUAUUUCUGUUUUUUAUUUAGAGGGGUAA